GGCCGCCUCGGGGACGCGAUGUAUAACGCGCUGCCGACGAAAGAUGACGAUGACGUUCAUCGCGUCGGCCAACAACGUUCGUGGCCUACUAACGGUCGGCCGGACGCAUCGCAGGCGAGAGAGCGAACGGCCAGGCGAACGGCAGAGCCGUAUUGCGGCUCGUGCCAGGCGCGUUGUGUAGGCGCAGUAAGCGAUGCACUGUGCGUCACGUGGUUCUCGUCCGUCAGCUGCACUCCCUGCACUCUCUUCCUUUCCGUUCUCACUGCCUUUCGAAGACCCGAUGUACUCCAUUUCCGUCCGCUUCGCAGAGUUAAACUGGAUGAAAGAAUUUAUGACGCGCGUAGACUCUCGGCCAUUAUGAACGUAUUUCGAUCGAUACUCUAGUUUUCACAAUUAUCGACUCGUCACGGUAAUAUGCUCAGCCGCCGCCGUGCGGCGCCACCGGCGGCAGCAGUGGCGCCGCGCGCCCGUAGCUCCACGUUCGCUUCGUGCCGCGCUUCAGUCGGAUGCUGACACUCGAACGGCGCAUUCGUUAUCGUGGGGAGGUGUUCUCGCAGCGCGCGCGCGCGGAAAUCCUUCUCUGCGCUUUGUCACACACUCAUUCUCUUUCUCUCUCUCUCUCUCUCUCUCUUCUUCUCUA